AGCAAAUCGCAUUUCGUGGUCCUUCUUCCCCUCGCAACCAACAACAAGCAGGGUGAUGGGAUGUGGCUCGUCGCUUGCAGUGCAGGCGGCACAACGGCAGGGCGACGGCGCAGACAGCGCCAGCGUGCCGGAUGUUGUGUCGUCAAAGCAGAUUGGACGCUGGCUUAGCUUCGAUCAAGAACUUGGGACUGGCGCACAUGCCGUCGUAUGGAAAGCGACAGUCUUGCCCGCGUACUUGGAGAGCGGCCGAAUAGGCCAUCAUGCUCUCAUAACCAAGCCGUUGCCACGAGCACCUUCGCCGUCCCGCUCAAAGCAGGCCAACGGAAGCGUGGUAAACGCUUCAAAGGGCAGCGGCGCGCAAUCACUCGCUGUGGCUGUAAAAGUCGCAGCUCGCGCCUCGUCAUCCAGUAAGUGCCAACAUGAAGCAGCCAUCUUGAGGCAGAUACACGGCUGCGUCGCCUUGGGAAGUGACUCCGUCCACCACCACCAGUUCAACAGCAGCAGCAGCAGCGACGGUGGCGGCAACAACAGCAACAGCAAAGAGGGUGACAGCAACAUGGACAUCAACACAGCCAACUCCAAUGUUGACACCCACAACAAUGGCCACCACCACAACACCAACGACAACACAAACACCAGCGUCAACACCGUCCUUUUCUCGAGAAUCAGUCGCCGGCACAUUCUGCCCCUCCUGGACGUAUUCACAUCGAAACGAGGGAUUACGCACAUCGUCCUCCCGCUCGCCCCGCAUGGAGACCUCUUCCACUUCAUCGCCGACCGCAGCGAGCAGCUUGAGGAGCAGGAGUGCCAGCACAUCACCACGCAGGUCGUCUGCGCCCUCAACUGCCUGCACACGCUUGGCAUUGGCCACCUGGAUCUCAAGCCAGAGAACGUGCUGUUGUUCCCCCACAGCAGCAGCAGCAGCAGCAAAGGCAGCAGCAGCAGUGCUCGUCACCAGCAAGUCCCAGGCGGCGACACGAGUGCACUCGUGGCUGACGAUUGCCGUCACCACAGCACGCCCCGCGCACAGCGUGGCAGUGGUGACCGCACCAGUGCCGAUGACACGAACGCCAAUCAGCAUCGUGCGGCAGAGGAACGAGGACAGGGCGACGAAGCACCUGAUGAUGGUGGUGAUGAUGAUGAUGAAGCGGGAAUCGGGAGCAGCGGGGAGCAGCUUGCUCGCGCGUCUUGGCUGCAGAAGGACCUUCCUUUACAGCGCCACCCUUCAGAACAACAACAACAACAGCAGCAGCAGCAGCAGAAGCAGCAGCAGCAGCACAUACAAAACGACGUCAGCGCACCAGUACCGCCGUCUGUGACAGGAGGCGAGCGCGUGCACAUGCCUGGCCUGGCAUUUGAGGUGAGGUUGUGUGACUUCACUGAGGCCGUGCGCGUGGAUCCAUCCUCGCCAAUCAGGACAGGCCGUGUUGGCACACACGCGUACAUGUGCCCCGAGAUGCUAGCACCGGCCAACCGCUACCACCCGCACCAGGCAGAUAUGUGGAGCCUGGGUGCCGUGCUUGCAUUCAUGAUGACGGGGGACAUCAUCUUUGAAGCGCCAACGCUUGACCUGACCGCGAACCGUGUCAUCAGCAGCAGACUGCCGCUCCCACCCUCCAUACACCGCCGCAUAUCACGUGCUGGUAUCUCCUUCCUCUUGUGGUGCCUGCGGCGAGACGCGCAUCUUCGCAUGACCGCGCAGGCAGCAGCGAAACACACCUGGGUGACCGGCAGCAAAGGUGCUGACAACAAGGGAGAUAGUGCGCAUCGUGGUCAUGCCGGUGAUGGCGGUGGUGGCGUCGGAGUUCAACUUGGGAGAGCGCCGUCGCUGCAACUGGCACAGCCAAACAACGGGGGUGAUCGUGGUGGUGCUGGCGUCGAUCAAGUGGAUGCAGACUGUGGGGACAGUGCACAACGUGACACGACGCAAGGGCCGAACAAAGGGAUUGCAGGGACAGACGACCAACCACCACCACCACCACCAUGCAGAGUCGUGUCCAGCCGUUCUCCAGAUAUGGAUGUGAACGCCCUCCCACGCGGGCUUGAUGUGGUCUUUGUUGUUGAUGUGGACAGCGACUCAGACGUCUGA